AUGACAUCCCGGAUUGACCCGACCCAGUACACCGUCGGGUGGCUCGCUCCCAUGUCUUUGGAGCUCACCCCUGCGAUCGCGAUCCUGGAAGACCAUAAAGAAGUGUCGAUACCGGAUGAUAAAGCCAUCUAUCAUGUGGGGAAAAUAGGACCCCAUUUUGUUGUGAUGGCUGUUUCCUCAAUGAUUGGAACCGCUGCCGCCAGUUCGGUCGUUGAGAAUAUGUGCCGCUCAUUUCCAAGCAUCAAACAUAUUCUCGUGGUUGGCAUAGCAGGUGGGAUCCCCCACUAUGGUUUAGAUUUGCAGGAACAAAUUGUCUUGGGCGACGUGGUCGUUGGCGUGCCACUGAAUAAUGAUGGAGGGGUGAAGCAUUAUGAAUUCGGCGCCUGGGUGGAGAAGGGCAAACUGAGUGUUAGUGGACAUCUGCUCCAUCCAUCUUCAACUCUUUUGACUGCAGUCAACAAUCUCCGAAGCCGUCAUAUGCUAAAGGAAGGCACCCGAAUCCCCGAAUUUCUCCACGAUUUACGAGCAAACAUUGGGGACCAUGAAUUAUUGGAUUUCCAUGACCCCGGGGAGGAGCACGAUCUUCUCUUUGAUGAUGAUUACUCUCAUACAUACCGGGCUGUCUCCUGUGAAGUACUGUGCGAUAUAGAGCGGUCAAGGCAACGGAAGGAUCGAGGCAGCAAAGCGGCACGAAAAGAAGAUACACCACUUAUCCAUUAUGGCACAAUCGGCUCGGCUAAUACGCUGGUGAUCUCAAGUGAAAAACGCAACAGCCUAUACCAAGAUUACGGGAUGAUUUGCUUUGAAAUGGAAUCAGCCGGUGUAUUGAGCCACUACCAAGGUCUCGUGAUCCGAGGAAUCAGCGACUAUGCAGAUUCCCACAAGAACAAGAACUGGCAGAAAUACGCUGCUGCCACGGCGGCUGCGUGCGCCAAAGAGAUCUUGCUCCUCGUUCCUGCAAUCCAUGCCAAUCAAAGGAGCAGUGGUUCCCGAAACGUCAAUGCUGGCUCCGGACUUCAAAAUAACACCAUUGGCUCUGGCGACCAGUACAACGCCGACACCCGGUACUUUCAGCAUACCCGCCACCACUUGGACAGGGAAAUUCUGUCUGUCAUACCAGCAGGUGAUAAAUAUCGAAUUCCGGUUGAACUCCCGUAUCACAGGAACCGGUAUUUCAAAGGAAGAGAGGAACCACUUCAACAAGUUUCGAGGCUGUUUUGGGCCAAAGGGCCUACGGGACACCGUCUGGAUCGUCAACAAAUAGCGCUCUCGGGUUCUUCAGGGACUGGAAAAUCACAAAUUGCACUGGAAUAUGCGUACAGAUACACCGAGGAGUAUUCAGCAAUUUUUUGGAUCAACACCAAAAAUGAAAACCCUUCGACCAAAACUUAUCGGCGUAUUGCUCGGUCACUCGGCCUCGAGGUGCUUAAUAUUACAUGCAAAGACAGCCUGCUGAAGGCUGUGGAUGAAUCAUCGUGUGCUCAGUGUCUCAGGAAUUGGUUGGGUCAAGAGUGUAAUAACAGAUGGUUGCUUGUGUUGGACAAUUAUGAUGACCCAGCAAGUUGCGAUCUCGAGAAGCUUUUGCCAACUCAAGAUUUUGGUCAUGUGCUUAUUACAAGCUGCAGUCCAAAUUCCUACCCCGGCUGCAAUAGAAUCGAAGUCCCGACAGGCAUCAAACAGCACGACGCGGUGGAUCUGUUAGUCCGAAUACUGGGGAAGGACAUUGGGCCAAAUGAAAAUGAGGAUGCAGUGAAUUUAGUUGAGGCAGUUGGCCGACAUCCAUUCGCCGUCACUCUUAUUGGAGCAUUCUUGUGCAAGGCUCCAAUGCCACUUAAUAUAUAUGCACAAGACCUGGAGAAUCUCGACGAAUCACUGAAGCCACUCCAAACUGUCUGGCAGAUGUCAAUCCAGAAACUCACUGCUUAUGCAAAACAUUUAUUUUGGCUAAUUUCGUUAAUGGGCAAUGAAGAUAUCCCAAAGGAAUUUCUGUUGGGAGGAAAGGGCAUUAUAGCCUGGAUGACCUCCGACCGAGCCAUAUAUAAGGCUCUUGGAGAACUUACUUCCCUCUCUCUUGUCGGUCAGAAGCAGGAUGACAGUUUGUACGUGCACCAGCUUCUUCAUGAAUGGGCUCGUAAUCACACAGAGAAUGCAAAACUCGAAAAUUCUAGGUUGGUGAUAGAUAUCAUCAGGUCUACGUUCGCUUUUGGUGACAGGAGGAGUGCUGACAAGUGUGCCUACGAGCGUCGGAUCUUGCCGCAUAUCAACAGAUGUUUGGAACUUUUCAAUUCGCAGCUAUCUUCCGGUAAUAGUCACUUGGAUUAUUGGAAUCAGAAGGCCGCCUAUGAUCUCGCCAGAGUGUACACAGAUCUUGGUUACGUGCAGAAGUCCAGUCUCCUCUACGAACGGAGUCUCAUGGGUAUAGGUGACCCUGACCAUCCCCUAGUUUUGGAGAUGAUGGAUUCUUUCGGAGUGAAUCUGAGAUUGCAAGGUAAAUACGACGAGGCGCUGAGCUGGUGCCGGCGAGCGCAGGAUGGUAUUGAGUCCCAACAUGGUAAGGAAAGCUUUGAGGCACUUACCGUGGCAUACAAUGUCGCUUUUAUAUACAAAGAACAGGGCAAGUACACUGAGGCUAUUGCGCAAUAUAAGGAGGUUUUGAGGCAGCAAGAGCCCUCCUCAGCUCUCGAGACACAGCAUCAACUCGCCUGUGUCCUUAGAGACUCAGGAGAGUAUCCAGAAGCUCUAGUACAACUGGAGCAGGUGUACAAGGACAGAAAGAAGAGUCUAGGGGAAGAUCACCCGAACACACUUGACACACUUCACGCCAUUGCUACGGUUCUCGAAAAGCAAGGCAAAUAUAAGGAGGCUCUGGAACACCAUGCCUUAGUUUUGAAAGAGCAGAAGAAGUCUCUAGGCGUAGGUCAUUAUUCAACACUUGACACCAUGGACAGCAUUGCUAGCAUACAGGAAAGACUGGGACAAUAUGAUAAUGCUUUGGCAUCAUACCGGGAAGUGCUGAAAGGUCUCGAAGAUAUUUUUGGAGAAGGACAAGAUCAUCCUUGGAUUGCCAGCGAAUACUCGGGCAUAGCAGACAUUUUACUGCGCCAGGCCAAAUACGAUGAGGCUGAAACAACAUACAAGACGGCGCAUUCCUCCUUCAAGAGACUGGAUAUGGGAGUACGUGGGGAGUUUCCAACCGCCACCAAUAUAGCGAGAGUGCUGCGCGACAAAGGGCAGUAUCAGGACGCAGUGAAAUGGUGUGAGAUUGCGCGGAAAGGGCUCCAAAAGCUAGGCGAAAAUGACGAACAUAUGCUGGCUGCGAGGGUCUGCACCGCCCAUAUAGCUGAGCUUCGAGGAAUGUAUGGUGAAGCACUUGGAAUGAGCCAGCAGUUGGUUGAGGCUUACGGGAAGAAGUACGGCGAGAAUCAUGCCGAAACUCUCAAAACGAGAUGCAGACUUGGCAGUGUUCUCAAUUGUCAAGGGCAAUAUCAGGAAGCUUUGGAGCAGUUUGAGCAAGCAGUAUCAGGGCUCACGGCGGCAAUUGGGGCAGAUCAUCAUCAAACGCUGGUGGCUGUUCAGGGACGAGCCGAUGUCCUCCAGCAACUCGGCGACUAUGAUCAAGUUUUGGAAUUGUGUGAGCACAUCCAGAAAACUCUGGGGGUCAUCCUUGGCGAGAAGCAUCCGCAAACAUUAAUGGCCGUUUACCGGUAUGGCAGUGCCUGUGUUAGCAAAGGAGAAAAUGCAACAGGGCUGGGGGCUAUCCAGAGGGCGAUGGACGGGUGGAAAACCGUCUUUGGGGAAACCCACCCUUAUAUAUGUAUGUGCUUGGAGGACAUCGGCAACGCGUACAAGGGUCUCGGGGAAUCUGAUCGGGCAAUCAACUCUUACAAGAAAGCGAUAGAUGGAUACCAUCUGAAGCUUAGCGACGACCAUCCCUGGACAUACAGAGCGCAGGCGAGGUUAGCUGGUGUGUUGGGUGCAAGUGGUCCGGGCCACCAUGAGGAAGCGAAGCGUCUUUACUCCACUGCGAUCCUUGGACUGGAGACAACACUCGGAAGUGCGCACCCUUGGACCCUUGCAGCAACGGAUGACAAGAAGGAAGUGUUCCCCCAAAGCAAAGUCUCAAACUGGAUACAGAUAUUCCAGGUGUUUCUUGCCUUAGGGCUCUUUGGCCUGUGGGUUCUUCGGCCUGUGGAUCUAUGGAGCUUUUUGGAGUUGAUGUUGUGA